AUGUCGAAUCAAUGCGAGAUCGUAGCUGCGAGCAAUCCGGCGCCUGUCAAGUCCAAGGAUGAGGCGUGGAUCCAGGGACCUGGGAAUGCUCGUGUGGGGCCACCUUCAGCCUUCAUGCAGCCUGGGCACAUGAUGGCUCCCAUCAAAAAAACGUACCCCCGGGCAACGGCAAAGAAGAUUUUGAAGGCGCACUCCAACUGCAACGCCACCAAGAACCUCGAUGUAUUGAGUGUUGAAAGAGGCAGCAAUCGACUCCAAGGCCUCUGGAGAAAGAACAAUUACGCCGACGAGCGUGCGGAGGGCGACCGUAGAUGCGCUAGCCAAGUUCAAGAGCUGAGAGAAGCCGCAUUUCUCCUGCCAAUCAUCAAUAUGGCCCCAAACCUAACGAUCAUGACGAGCCGACACGCUGCCACUACGAGUUACACGACACCAACGACGGAAUGA